CCCUUGCAUGCCUCUCUCCUCCACAGAUGCUGAGCCUGCUGUUUCUGACUCUCUGCCUCGUGGGAGGCUCUGUUGCUAAGCCUCCAGCACCAGCCAUCAAGAAGGACCUGGUGGGCAUUGUGGGAGGACAAAAUGCUGCCAAGGGGAAGUGGCCCUGGCAGGUCAGCCUGAAGAUGUACAGCUACUACUCCUCUGCCUGGGUGCACAUAUGUGGUGGUUCCCUCAUUCACCCAAAGUGGGUGCUGACUGCUGCCCACUGCAUUCACCAUCGAAAUACUGACCCAUCAACUUACCGCGUCCUGGCCGGAGAAAUUUACCUCUAUGGGGACCAGAAGCUGUUGACUGUGAGCCGGAUCAUUGUCCACCCAGAUUUCGUUUAUGCUAGUCGGGGUGCAGAUGUAGCACUGCUACAGCUGGCAGAACCAGCGGAUUGCUCUGGCAAUGUCCAACCCAUCAGGCUGUCCUCCCUCAAUAAUGAGGUCACCCAGAAGGACGAGUGUUGGGUGACUGGGUGGGGUGCUCUGAGAUAUUAUGGUUGGCUGCCACCACCUUUCCGCCUGCAGGAGGUAAAAGUGCAGGUGGUUGAGAACUCUGUCUGUGAACAGCUGUACCAGAAAGCUACUUGGUACCACCACGAUGACAGACGGAUCAUUUUUGAUGACAUGUUGUGUGCUGGCAGUGAGGGCCGUGACUCCUGCCAGGGUGAUUCUGGUGGGCCACUUGUCUGCAAGAACUCAGAUUCUUGGACCUUGGUGGGAGUGGUCAGCUGGGGUUAUGGCUGUGGCUGGCGUGACCUUCCUGGCAUAUAUGCUCGCGUUCAGUCCUAUGUGCCCUGGAUCAAGCAGCAUAUUCAGAGUUCCUCCUGAGCCCAGUCUACAGGCCUGCACUGGUCGCCAAGGAGGAGCCUGCUGUCCUCCUACCAGUGCCUGGGCCUGCUGCUUCUGCUUCUGCCUGACCCAGGAUUCACCUUUUCCUCAAGCCUCCUUGGAGUGCUGGAGUUCCAUGAAAACUUGGAGGCUAUGGGCCUGUGCCUGGCUCUUGCUGUCUGCCCCUGGUGGGAAGGCACAAGGUGUGUGGGGCAGAGGCUUGAGAUUCAUGGCACUGGUGCCCGAGUUUGAUGAGCACCUAGGUGUUGGAGGACACCUGGCAUAUUUCCACUUUCUGCUUAUUCUCAAUAAAGAUG